AAUUGGAACAAAUGUUUUUGUCGGGUCCAUGUCAUGUAAACACACGCCCGAUAUUAAGGAGCUGCUGCCGGUGCGCCAGUAUCGCUGCGAACAUUGCAGCGAUCAGGUAUUUGGCAAUCAAAGUCACUAUUACCUGCACCUGCGACGUCGACACAAGUUGACAGCUAUAAAGAACGAUAUGGCCAUAUCAGCGUAUCACUGUCCAGUGGAGAAAUGUAUUUAUCAUGCUCGGUGUGAGGGCGGCCGCGGCUUUGCGAAUCUCCGAUUCCUGCGGCAACACUACCAAAAAAUCCACAUGGCCAAGGAGUUUAAAUGCACCGAAUGUAACGAAACAUUUUUACUCGCGCGACAUUUAGAGAAGCAUCAGUGCUGUUCGGUUUACCAAUGCCCCGCAUGCGAGCUCACAUACACAAGCAAGGCGAGUCUCCAGACUCAUAUGCGUCGCAAGAACCACCUGGACACAUCCAGCAGUAGUGAUGUGACCAAGGAAGUGCCAUCGUUGUCGUCAAAACUGGCAAUACCUUCUUUGAAGUCAUGGAAAAAGUUGCAGAAAAACUUGUCUAACGAGGAAAAUCAAUCCGCAAGCACAGGGGAAACGCUUAGCGAUACUACUAUAAAUCUACCCGCCGUGGAACAUAUACCCCCAAUGGACUCGCCUAUGCAACCAUCGUACUAUUGCUUGCCAGAAAUUGAGGUCCCAUAUGCCCUACAAACAUCAACGCAGACUGAGGAUAGCGUCGACAUGGACGUUGCAAUACAAACAGCAAUAGAUGUAGCUUUGAAAGAGCGUGCCAACGCCGCGAAUGAGUUGUCUAUGCCAAAUUUUACAGUUGAGGAGGUCGAGCUACUUUUGCGCGACAUGGAAACUCAAACCGACGAUGUGGACCUUGAUGGGAUCGACAUGAAUAAUGAAGUUCUGGUGCCCCUUAUACGAAACAUACAAACCCAAACGCUCGACAAUAGGCAACACCAGGGCACAAUGACGGAGCUUGACCUGGAGACGGAGACAGAGGCGCAACAAGAGGUAGGAAGUGCAACAAAUCAAAACUAUGCCGCUUACCAGGAACAGGAAACGAUGUACGGGCCACAAAACUCGGCUCACAUGCACACCCAGACUUGCGAUGAGCUGUUCGAGGAACUCGGCCUGUCGCAUAUACAAACCCAAACGCAUUGGCCCGAUGGCCUUUACAAUACGCAGCACACCCAAACUUGCGAUGAAAUAAUGCUGGACGAGUUGCUGGAGAACUUUCAGUCUACUUGUACGCAAACCAGGUGGCUGGAUUGGCAGGAAACCAAUGGAACUGCCGACUGAGCACAUUAAUAAAAUACAGAUUUCUAAUAUAUGAAUCUUAACAAA